GGGAGUGGACCCCAGAGAGCCCUGAGCAGCCCCACCGCCGCUGCCGGCCUAGUUACCAUCACACACCAGGAGGAGCCGCAGCUGCCGCAGCCAGCCCCAGUCACCAUCACAGCAACCAUGAGCAGCGAGGCCGAGACCCAGCAGCGGCCCCCCCCUUCCCCCAGCGCUGCCGACAUCCAGCCCAGCCCGGCACCACGCAGCGGCACAGGGAGCGGCGGCCCAGGCGGCCUUACAUCAGCGGCGUCGGCCUGCGGGGACAAGAAGGUCAUCGCAACGAAGGUUUUGGGAACAGUAAAAUGGUUCAAUAUAAGAAACGGAUAUGGUUUCAUCAACAGGAAUGACACCAAGGAAGAUGUAUUUGUACACCAGACUGCCAUAAAGAAGAAUAACCCCAGGAAGUACCUUCGCAGUGUAGGAGAUGGAGAGACUGUGGAGUUUGAUGUUGUUGAAGGAGAAAAGGGUGCGGAGGCAGCAAAUGUUACAGGCCCUGGUGGAGUUCCAGUUCAAGGCAGUAAAUAUGCAGCAGACCAUAACCAUUAUAGACACUAUCCACGUCGAAGGGGUCCUCCACGCAAUUACCAGCAGAAUUAUCAGAACAGUGAGAGGGGGGAAAAGAAUGAGGGAUCGGAGAGUGCUCCCGAAGGCCAGGCCCAACAACGCCGGCCCUACCGCAGGCAAACGUUCCCACCUUACUACAUGCAGAGAUCCUAUGGGCAUCGACCACAGUAUUCCAACCCUCCUGUGCAGGGAGAAGUGAUGGAGGGUGCUGACAACCAGGGUGCAGGAGAACAAGGUAGACCAGUGAGACAGAAUAUGUAUCAGGGUUAUAGACCACGAUUCCGCAGGGGCCCUCCUCGCCAAAGACAGCCUAGAGAGGACGGCAAUAAAGAGGAUAAGGAAAAUCAAGGUGAUGAGACCCAAGAUCAGCAGCCAUCUCAACGUCGGUACCUCCGCAACGUCAAUCACAGACGCAGACGCCCAGAAAACCCUAAACCACAAGAUGGUAAAGAGACAAAUGCAGCCAAUCCACCAGCUGAGAAUUCAUCCACUCCUGAGGCCUGCAGGGCGGGGCUGAGUAAAUGCCGGCUUACCAUCUCUACCAUCAUCCGGUUUAGACAUCCAACAAGAAGAAAUGAAUAUGAAAUUCCAGCAAUAAGAAAUGAACAAAAGAUUGGAGCUGAAGACCUUAAGUGCUUACUUUUUGCCCGUUGACCAGAUAGCUAGAACUAGCUGCAUUAUCUAUGCAGCAUGGGGUUUUUAUUAUUUUUACCUAAAGAUGUCUCUUUUUGGUAAUGACAAAUGUGUUUUUUAAAAAAGCCUGGUUUUUCUCAAUACACCGUUAAAGUUUUUUAAAUUGUUUCAUAUCUGGUCAAGUUGAGAUUUUU